CCCCAUAAGAUUGUUAUUAUUAUUUAAUGUUUAUGACUAUGAGAUAUAAUAAAAUAUUAAAAAUUGAAAUAUCUUUUUUUACAAUCAUAACGCUUUAAUGUUUUAUACAAUUCUACACAUUAUUCACUAUUGCACUUCGCUUACGUGCCGUCGAUGGUCAGUGAGUAUUGAGUUGUCUGAGACUCGGGUAGUUGUCAUUAGAAGUACUGGACAAAACGUAAUUUAAAAACGCCUGUGACUGUAGGUUAUGAUGAUCGCAAGUAUUGUUUGAGAGUAUUGUUGUCUCAUAAUGUCUAUUUCGCUGUCCUCCGUUGUUCAGGCCAAGCCAGACGUGCCAUAAGGCAUAGAUACGCUUGAUAAGAGACAUGAACAACGAUGAUGACGAGCUGCACCGACCUGGCACAAGCAGAGGGGUGCUAUCUGAUCAGAAAGAAUCAUCCAGAUUAAAUAACAACGUAGCACACAACUAUGACGAUCCCGAUACUGAAAGUUGUCUGGAUUGUGAUACCCCCGAACAACACGACCACAUGAUAGCUGCUAGUUUAGUACGUUGUGACCAGGAAGAUAGUGAUUCAGACAACGAUUCUUGUAUUUACACUUAUCGUGGUGAUAGGCAAGAGCCGGCAGUUGAAAACUUACCCAUGGAUGAUAGAAGUACAUCACCUUUGAUGGAUUACUUAGAAAUGGACUUUGAACCUGAACCAACGGUUAAUAAUGUAUCUGAAGACGAAGAGAUUACUGAACCAAUGGCUAAUAGUGCAAAUGGUACAGUCCUGUUAAUAAAAGACCUAAUAGCUGCUGUAAAUCCUACUCUACGAGAAAGCCAUCUUAAUGUUAGAAAUAGUGUAAUACGUGAACCUAUUAACAAUCCAAAUCUAGAUGUACCCAUUCUACAUUUCAAGACUCUUAAUACUAAUGUCCCUGUUUGUAAGGAAGAGCGUAAUGGAUGUAUGCGACGUAAUUCUGAUACAACGGAGGUAUGCCAAAAAAUGAAAAGAAUGCGUGUUGAUGAUUUAACUUGGAUUAAAGAAAUGGUAUGGUCAGAAAAAGAGGCAGCUCAGCUUCAAAUAAACCAAAUUGGUGUAUCAGCAUGUGGAGCAACUGCAGUUAUAAAUACUUUAUUGGCUCUAAGGACACAAUUCAAUUUAGACCGUAUAAUUCAAACUAUUGGCACUCGCUUACGUGAUGAAACUGCUCCGCUUGUUCCCUAUUUGGAGUCUCGAGCUGUGGCUGGUUGCAUGCCCCAAGAUUUGGUUAGAACAUUAGAAACCGUAACGGAUUCACAAGUCAGUGCCAGGUUCUUUGCUACUCAUCAGUAUUUGGAUGUACCUCUUGCCCCUUGGCUUGCCACUUGGAUAAAAAAAGGUGCUGUUCCCAUAUUGACAUUAAAUCUGCAACGUGUAGAUGUUUCACCUUCUCUUAUGCCAGAUAGUUGGCACCAUCAAAUGGUGUAUGGUGUAUCAUACAAUCCCUUAUGUCCAGAAUUUGCUCAAAUUUACUUAACAAAUCCAAUGAGCAUUUCAUGCAUGGAGUCAUUACUACCACAGUUAAUUUCACCAUCUUCAUUGAUGAUUAAAAGAGCUGAUAUAUUGUCCAGGUGGACCCCUCAAACAGAUCUCAUGUCCUUGGCCACACAUCCUAACCGACAUUGGCAUAGGUUCAAUGUCUUAGGACAAGUGGUAAAUCUUCUACGUGAAGAAAAAGAAAAUGUCAAAUUCACUGAUCAUAUUGAAAUACCAGCCAACUACAAGAGUGGUAUAACUUUAGCAAUGAAAACGUCAUCAAAUUAUAGCCAUGAAUUGAAAUCUGUGCCAGAAUUAUAGGUAGAUACCAAGAAAUAGGUAUUCGUUUAUUAUGUUUAAAUAAUUUUAUUUGUAUUAUAAUAUGUUUUAUUGUGUAACCUAUAUUUGGAUAUAACAUUUCAUGAAAAUGUAAUAUUAAACAAUAUUUUGUAAGCCAAUUAAUGUUACCAACAUAAAUAAAUAUUAUUAGUGUAAUAUUAUAUUUUAUGUUACAAAAAUGGUAUGGUGAACUAAGAUUGACAGAUUUUGAUUUCUGAAAAUGAAAUGUAAACAAUCAGAAUGUAAUCCUUUCAAGUAUAAAAAAAUAAACGUAUUAAUAUUUAUUAUGAACUGAAAUUUGAGUGUUAUAAAUAUAGCAUUUAAUUAAGUUGUGAUGUAUAUAUAUUUGUUGUAUGAUACUUUUUGAUAAAAUAUAUAUAUUUAGGUUAUGAAA